CGCAGGCAGACACGGACACGGCCACGGCCGCGCCCAAGCAUUUGCCCACCAUGACCCUCCUCCUGCUCAACCACUCUCCCUUGUCCACAUUAACCUCCUCCUCCUCCCCCUCUUACGCCACCGCCAUCCCUCGAAUUUUUACUCCUCUUCCCUCUAAGCUACUCCGCCGUCCCUCUUUUCUCGGACCCGCCCCCACUCCGCCGCCGGUUCGUCUCUCCCUCCUCUGCUCCUAUUCCUCCUCCUCCGCCGCCUCCGCUCGCUCUGCAGAUAUGGAAUCCAGUUUGGGCCAGAGUUUGUAUCCAUUACACCAUUGUAAAACAAUUCACCUGGUGAGGCAUGCACAAGGCGUCCAUAAUGUAGAAGGUGAGAAGGACCGUGAUGCAUAUUUAUCGGAAGAACUCUUUGAUGCACAUCUCACCUCCCUUGGCUGGCAGCAGGUAGAUAACCUACAGAAACAUGUAAAAUCUUGUGGGAUUUCCAAGAAUGUCGAAUUAGUUAUUGUUUCGCCUUUGUUAAGGACCAUGCAAACGGCUGUUGGUGUUUUUGGGGGUGGAGGUUACACAAAUGGGAUUGACGCACCUCCUUUAAUGGUGGAAAAUGCUGGGAAUAGUAGCCGCCCUCCAAUCUCAAGUCUUAAUUGUCCACCAUUCAUUGCAAUGGAGCUUUGUCGAGAACAUUUGGGAAUUCAUCCAUGUGAUAGAAGGAGAAGCAUUAGUGAAUAUAAGCCACUCUUUCCAGCUAUCGAUUUUUCACUGAUAGAGAGCGAUCCUGACAUUUUGUGGAAGCCUGACAGCAGAGAGAAGGAUGAAGAACUUGCUGCGAGGGGAAUGAAAUUUCUUAACUGGUUGUGGACACGAAGCGAGAAGGAGAUUGCAGUUGUUACCCACAGUGGAUUCUUGAUUCACACCCUAAGUGCAUUUGGAAAUGAUUGUCAUCCAGUUAUACAAAAUGAGAUACGCAGCCCCUUCAAGAAUUGUGAGCUGCGUUCGGUUGUAAUUGUCGACAGAAGCAUGAUGGGGUCAGAUUCUUCUACUACUAACUAUCCUGGAAAAAUACCUAGUGGAGCCGAUCUUCCUACUGAUGCUGAAAAGGAGAGCGUUGAAGUGCCAAAAUAACUGUUGGCAGCAGCGGAUUUGCGUUGACAGUGACAAUAUAACUCUUUGAAAUUUUGAAUUGCUAUUGCCUGCUUUGUGCCCGAUUCUUCUUGAUGACUAGCAAGGCCUUUCUUUUAAGUUCACCUGUGCCCCAAAUUUUCUUGGGACAGGUUCGAGUACUUGCCAUAAUUCAAUUCAUGUAGUCAGUCCCAUUUAGUGGGAUUAAUAGUUAUUUAUACACUCGUUUGCCAAUUCAACAAACGGACAGAUUGUUUGGUUCGAUGAAAAGUUAUAUUUUGACAGAAUGUAUUGAGAUUUUUUGUGAUUUA